UGGUUAUAAAGUUCUGAAAUCCCAGACUUUCUGGAAAAAUGGGAAGAUCUGACAAAGCAGAAUCCAUAUUCCAUGAUGUCAAUAACCCGCUGGGUUUUAAAGGUAAGCAACCCUUCGAACUUGGAUCUCCAGCCUCAGCUUCCGGUCCCAAUUCUGUAAACCCAGAGCCUCCCUCCGUGCUUUCCAGCAGUUAGAAUGAGCAGGUCCUGAUUGUUUAACCCCCUCGCUCAAAGUAUAAGGAAACCAAGGACCAGGAAGUCAUGGAAAUUGACUAAAAUCAGAGUCUUUUGGAAGCAAGAUGGAGUGCUCGAGAGUCUCCCGCCAGACUGGCAGAAGCAGCCUAACUGGACUGGUCUUUGAAUGGCCAACGAAUCCGGCAGUGGUGGGCAUUGCAGGGUUUGCGUAAGGAUUUCAGGGUAGGGGCUUUGAGCAGCACAAACUGCGGCCAUUCCCCACCUUCCUCCUAGAGCGGGGGGCCUCCUCCACUACAAUGGCCCAGCCCAAAAAGUUUCAUUCCGAACUCCUCGGAGUCUACCCAGCACCAGUUCCCAGGCAGAAUGCAAUGCACCCCGGGCUCCUCCUGGAGUCACCUUGUAGCGGGAGCAGAUGCUGGCACUGGGCUCCAGCCGAAGACAGGACGCGCUCAGCUCUCCCACCGGCGACGCUCAUGAGCCGCCACGGCAGGGCGCACAGGGCUUUGCGGGUUCCUCGGAAUCUCACCAUCUGAACCUGGCUGCUGGGGUCCCAUUCACACCGGGGCGCCAGGGAGCAGAAACCCCUUGCGGGGGGUCACGCUAAGGAGGCCAGAGCUCGGUGCGUCCUGCGCCCUGAGCACACCAGGUGCAGAAGCGGAGCGCCCACCCUCUGCCUCCGCGCGGGGGUUGGCAGGGGACCCAGGGCGGAGUCAAGCGCGGGGCGGGGCGCACCGGGCCGGGUCCGAGGCUUGGCAAGGAGCUGCGGGGGCGGAGCGCCAACUCCAGCGGGAAGACAGAGACCGAGACGCGCCCGGGAAGCGCGCUGGAGCGAGGAAGAAAGAGCAACAGCCAGGCGCCGCGCCUCGGCACGCGCAGGUCCGGGUCCCAGAGGCGGGAACCGAGCGGCCGGGCCGCGGAGCGCGCGGGUAGGAGGCGCCGAGGCAGCCGGUUGCCUAAGCACGAGGAGCAGCAGGGAAUUCGCUGCCACCCACAGCCAGCUUCUUGCAGAAUCCUGGAUCCGGGAUUGCAGGUUGACUCUCCCCAGAGGUGUGAGCAGGGUCCUAGGCUCUCUGACCUCAUGAGAGCAGAAGGUCUGGAUCCCCUGCUCAGAGUGCUCAGACCCCUGAGACUCCCACACUCCACUCCACCUCCAAGCUUCCCCAUGGCAACCCAGAAUGGCAACAGUAGUUUUGCACCCAACUUCACUCCACACCAAGACCAUGCCUCCUCCCUCCCCUUCAACUUCAGUUACAGUGAUUACGACCUCCCUCUGGAUGAGGAUGAGGACAUGACCAAGACCCGGACCUUCUUUGCAGCCAAGAUAGUCAUUGGUGUGGCCCUGGCAGGCAUCAUGCUGGUUUGUGGCAUCGGCAACUUUGUCUUUAUUGCUGCCCUUGCCCGCUAUAAGAAGCUGCGCAACCUUACCAACCUGCUAAUUGCUAACCUGGCCAUCUCCGACUUCCUGGUGGCUAUCAUCUGCUGCCCCUUCGAGAUGGACUACUAUGUGGUGCGCCAGCUCUCCUGGGAGCACGGCCACGUGCUCUGUGCCUCUGUCAACUACCUGCGGACCGUGUCACUCUACGUCUCCACCAACGCCCUGCUGGCCAUCGCUCUCGACAGGUAUCUCGCUAUCGUUCACCCCUUGAAACCGCGGAUGAACUAUCAGACGGCCUCCUUCCUGAUCGCUUUGGUCUGGAUGGUGUCCAUUCUCAUCGCCAUCCCAUCGGCCUACUUCACCACAGAAACAGUCCUCUUCAUCGUCAAAAGCCAGGAAAAGAUCUUCUGCGGCCAGAUCUGGCCAGUUGACCAGCAGCUCUACUAUAAGUCCUACUUCCUCUUCAUCUUCGGCAUCGAGUUCGUGGGCCCAGUGGUGACCAUGACCCUGUGCUACGCCAGGAUCUCGCGGGAACUCUGGUUCAAGGCUGUGCCUGGUUUCCAGACGGAACAGAUCCGGAAGCGGCUGCGCUGCCGGCGGAAGACCGUCCUGGUGCUCAUGUGCAUCCUCACCGCCUACGUGCUGUGCUGGGCGCCCUUCUACGGCUUCACCAUUGUGCGCGACUUCUUCCCUACGGUGUUCAUCAAGGAGAAGCACUACCUCACGGCCUUCUACGUCGUUGAGUGCAUCGCCAUGAGCAACAGCAUGAUCAACACCGUGUGCUUCGUGACGGUCAAGAACAACACCAUGAAGUACUUCAAGAAGAUGAUACUGCUCCACUGGCGUCCCUCCCACCACGGGAGCAAGUCCAGCGCUGACCUCGACCUCAAAACGAGCGGCAUGCCGGCCACGGAAGAGGUGGACUGUAUCAGGCUGAAGUGACCCGUUGGUGUUUCACAAACACCCAAAAGCCAACCCUUAGAGCACACUUCACGAGUACCCAAGCGCAUAGGCUGCAUGGGGAAAGGGCAACUAGGUUCACACCUCAGCACCCUGGAGAGCUGGAUGUUUUGGGUCGUAAAGCGCGGUGAGACUAGACACAAACCACAGCAGCCAACAUUUCCUGAUCUCGGCUCAACACAUCAUGUGUGCACAACCACACCCGUGAGUCCAGACACAGGUAACAGCAACUGACAUUGACUGAAUGUCUACUGUGUGCUAGCCACAACAGUGAGAUAAGACUGGGCAAUAGGAGCUAAUAUUGACUGAUUACGUACUGUGUACAAAAAUAUUUAAAUAACAGAACAAAAUGGUAGAAGUUAUUGGCGUCAUCAAGCUAUAUCCAGAUGUAUAGAUGACCAGACAGGCCACAAAUGGCUAUCUGGAGACUGGAGUCACUUUCCAUCUUCCCUCAUUCUGUAUCCCAUCAAUUCAGACAUGUGAGGCGGCCAUAGAAUAAGGCACUUAGACACAGUGGAGGUGGAGGUGUACAAAUAACGUUUGUCUGAGUGUGGAGUUUACAUACAGCCUUAUGGAAUGAGAGUUCAUGCCAUCACAUUGAGCUUUCCCACUCAGCUCCUACUACCUCUCUAGGAUAUUCUCUAAGAUUCCAGCUGCCAGUAAAGAAUUUUUCUCAUAACCAGGCCCUUGAUUGUCUACAGUGAUAUAAUUUCAAAGGAAAGAACCAAAAAAAUCUCUUUUCCACUGAUGCUUGAAAGCUCACCAUUCUUUUGGAUGAAGAUAUACAAUCCUUCAGGAAGGAACACAUCCAGAUUCUGACUCCUUAGCAUAAAGGAUUUCAAGGGCUCUAAUGUCAUGAAGGAAGGAGACAGAGAAAAGGGUAGACAGAGCUUGUGCCUGGCAAUGAACAUAAUCUUUGUGGCCAUUUUGUUAAGGCCUGGACCACUUUUCUAGAACAAACCCUCUUUUACAAGAUGAACUCUGCCUAGAAUCCAAAGGGCUGGAAUGAAGUCCUAACUCCAAGACUCAUAUGAUCUGGAUAUUUCUCUCUGUGUCUCAGAUUUGCUUCAAUGAAAUAAGGAUAAUGAAAAUAACUGUGCUGUCUAGCUUACAGGACUAUUGGGAGAGUCCCCAUUGGGGUCAUAAUUUGUAAAAGUGCUUUUCAACAAUCAAGUGAUAAAAACGGAUAAGUGAUACUGAAUAGUUGGUUUGCACAAAGGAAACCCCAUCCACUACGGCUUAUUAUGAAGAAACACUUGGACUUUUUCAUACCUAUUCUUUGGAUCCCUGAACUCUCCAUUGUGCAGCCCAUCUCUGCUGGAGCAAAAACGGCCUGGGUUCUAAUCAGGAAGAUUCACUGGCAGGGUCUGAGUGACCCCUCCAGACUCAGCAUCCCACAGCCCUAGAAGUGUUAACAAUCUUCCUGAAUGUUGCCAAGCAGCACUCCCCAGGGCUGCAUAAUCUGUAUUAUUAUACAUCUAUGGUGGUUGUGUAUAUUUGCCUUUAUCUCUUCCUGAAUCAUUUUGAAGCAGAGACUAUACAAAUGGUGUCUGGUUUGGGAAUAACCCAUCCACAUUUGGACAACAACUACUUUUCGACAGAGAAAGAGUUAUUUAGUUGUUUGCUUGUCUUUUUUUUUUAAAUUCAUUUUUGGCUUGUUUAUCCAACAGUGAAGUUUCAAUCAACAUUUUCUUCUAUCAGCACCCAGCAGACUCACUUUCAGCCCAGUCUGUACCCUCAGAAAAUGUAGACUUACUUUAAUAUUAGCCUAAGCCAAAUGGUUUAUAAAUUCUGAGUGCAUUCUAAAGCCAGGUAAGUAGGUAUCUGGGGUUAUCUGCAUUUUUACGAACAUAAUAAUAACAGUAUUUUUAUUUAUUACCCCAUCCUGAUGCUUCUAAUAAGACUCUUUAAGGGUAGACUGUGUACCAAUUGUGUUUGUCAAAAGAAUUCAACCCCCUUUUUCCUCUUAAUCCAAAAAUGUCCCAUCCUCCCUCAUUUAUUUUAACCGAAACAACCUUUGUAAAUACCGUUGUGCAUUUGUGAUUUUCCAUUGAGUAGAGGUGUUAUGUUAUCAAAUUAAGUAACAUAAGGAGUCUCAACCACACAGUGUUCAAGCUUCCCCUCCACCCGACCCCACUGAUCUUUCAUCUAUGUUAGUAUAUUUAGAUAGAAGUAAUAGCCAUCUAAACAGUUCAACUCUGAAACAGAGAAGGAAGUUGUUGAAGGCAUUUUUAGAAUAGUGGUAUCUCAUACCAGCAACCAGUCCCAUCCCAUCUUGGUUACAUCCCUUAAGCUUAACAGCCUAGAAGUCAUGCAUGCAAAUGAGCAGAGAACCACUACUCUGUGCCCGUGUUACCCCUUCAUUUAAAAAUUAUCUUGUUUGUUGAAUGAAAACUGCUGUUUGCAUGGAGAGUGUUCAUUCAUCUAACUGGUGUUAAAGUAAUAAAAUAAUUUGAAUUUACCCUUUCCUUCUCAAGAUGAAUUAAUGGUAAGCUUAAGAUACUUUUAACAUGUUAAGAUAUGUAACCAUUUAUAUAUACAAUUAUAUAGUAGAAAUUUCAUCUUAUUUGACAAAACAGAUCAUCUCAUUUGACAAAAGAGAAAAGACAACGUUGUGAUGAAGCUAUUAGAGAUUUUUCUUUCAGCACCCAAUGUCUAAAAUCAGUUGAUUCUCAAAUGGAAGCAAGCAGAAGAUGGUGUCAAGCUCUCAGACACAAAAACCAAUUCUAGACUUAUGACGAAGAAUAUGACAUGUGGGAGGUGAUUAGAAAAGUGAACAUGAGUUCUAUUUCUAGGGGAAUAUGAUGGCUUUGAAAUAUAUCUCCUCAAUUUAAUCAUUAUCUCUCCCUCGGGCUCAAGAAGGCACAUCCAUGCACCAAUAAGACACCCGAGCAGGAAAAAAGGCCUUUUAAGGGCAUAUAAUUCAACUCACUUUUUCCUUAGGUGAGGAGCUCUGAACUACAAAUGGGGAAAUGACUUGCUACGGGCACAGCACGCUUGUUGGCGCUGAAACACUGCCCCAGGACCUUCUUCUGGUCUAGUAACUUCACUCAGUAACUGCCUCCGAUCUCCAAAGGAGAUAACCCUUGCCAAGAAUGCUUCAAGGGCCAUUUAAAACUGGCUUCUGACCUCUUGGGAGAAUUUUAGGUGCACAAAAGAGACCUUCCCUCUCUCUGGCAAGCGGAAUGCAUUCCAUCCAAGAGACUUCAUAAUCCAGACUCCAGGCUUCCAGAAAAACCAGAGAGAAUGACACAAGGGCCACCCUAAUGCUCCUGCCUUCUUUUUCCCUAAUAAGAGAAAUGCCCCUAUUGGGGGAUGUAGAACACAUCU